AUUAAUGGCCCGCCACGUUUCGCCAGCCCUGUUACUUUGGUCGCCAAUCACUACUCGACAGUCGCCAGUAAUUUUUACCAUCCACGUUUAAGACAACUGUAAUACAGUUAAAUCAUUAAAAAUGAGUGCCCUAACACCUGCACCUGCUUAUAAAAUUGGAAUUGUGAAGCAGGUUUUAUCGGGAGACACGAUUGUUAUAAGAAAGCAACCACAAGGUGGCCCGCCGCCUGAGAAAGUAAUAGCGCUCUCAGGUAUUACCGCGCCGAAACUAGCUCGUCAAAGGUCUCCUAACAAUGACAAUGAAACACCAGAUGAGCCCUUUGCGUGGGAAGCUCGUGAAUUCCUCAGGAAGAAGUUGGUUGGCAAGGAAGUCAUCUUUACCGCUGAGAAGCCAGCCAAUUCAGCAACUAGGGAGUAUGGAACUGUAUGGGCUGGCAAAGACCCCACUAAAAGUGAAAACAUGAAUGAGGCUUUGCUUGCUGAAGGAUUUGCUAAAGUGAGAGAUGGAGGCAGGAAUAUACCCCAACUUAAGAAACUGGUUGAAAUUGAAGACAUGGCAAAAUCUCAAGGGAAAGGUGUAUGGGGAUCAGAUGUUCAGGAACACAUCAGGCACAUCAAAUGGUCCAUUGAAAAUCCCAAAGCUUUUGUGAACAAAUUCAAUGGACAGCCUGUGAAAGCUAUUAUUGAAUAUGUACGAGAUGGAUCAACUGUCAGACUUUGUCUUCUACCUGACUUUAUCCCAAUUACAUUGAUGUUGUCUGGAAUUAGAUGCCCAGCUGUUAAGCAAGAUGGAGAAUCUGAGCCUUAUGCAGAAGAAGCCCGCUUCUUCCUUGAGUCUAAACUUCUACAGCGUGAUGUAGAAGUAAUCCUUGAAUCUGUCAACAACAACAACUUUGUUGGUACUAUCUUACACCCACAAGGAAACAUUGCCGAGGCGCUGGUACGCCAAGGUUUCGCCAAGUGUGUAGACUGGUCACUUGCUGUUAUGAAAUCAGGUGCAUCUACAUUAAGAGCUGCAGAGCGUGCAGCUAAAGAUGCUAAGCUUCGUAUUUGGACUAACUAUACAAGCAAUGCUCCAGUCAUUGCCGCUAAAGACAAAGAAUUCACUGGCUUAGUCAUGGAAGUAAUCAAUGGUGAUGCCCUUGUUGUGAAAACAUCAAACAAUGUACAGAAAAAAGUGUUUUUGGCCAGCAUAAGGCCACCACGUGAAAAGAACAAUACUGACGAGGAAGGAAAACAAUCUCCACGACCAAAAGGUUUCAAACCCCUUUAUGAUAUUCCUUGGAUGUAUGAAGCUCGUGAAUAUCUUAGGAAAAAAUUGAUUGGAAAAAAAGUUAAUGUUACUGUUGACUACAUCCAACCAGCUAAGGACAACUUCCCAGAAAAAAUCUGUUGCACUGUUGUUGCUGGGGGAGUUAAUAUUGCUGAAGCACUUGUUAACAAAGGCUAUGCAACAGUCGUCAGAUAUAGAAAUGACAAUGACCAGAGAAGUUCCCACUAUGACAAGCUCCUAGAAGCUGAACUAAAAGCUCAAAAACUUGGCAUUGGUGUUCAUGCCAAGAAAGAUAUUCCAACUCACCGGAUGCAAGAUACAAGUGGUGACUCUGCUAAAGCAAGAAAAUUCUUCCCAUUCCUGAAGAGGGCCCAAAAAACAGAAGCAGUUGUGGAAUUUGUUGCCAGUGGGUCUCGUAUGAGAAUAUACAUCCCUAAAGAAUCUGUGCUUGUUACAUUCUUGCUCGCCGGUAUCAAUUGCCCACGGGGCGCCCGACCCGCUAUCGGUGGCGGUGGAAUUCAAGAGGCUGAACCAUUCGGUGAAGAAGCUUUGCAAUUCACUAAAGAAAAGUGUCUGCAGCGCGAUGUUAUAGUCACGAUUGAAGAAAUGGACAAAGCUGGCAACUUCAUAGGCUGGCUCUGGAUUGACAACGAAAAUGUGUCCAUUUCACUUGUGGAGCAUGGCCUUGCCUCCAUGCAUCACACGGCGGAAUCAUCAGAAUAUGCACGACAAAUUAAGACAGCCGAAGAGAAUGCGCGUAAGAAACGUAUCGGUCUAUGGAAGGACUUUGUAGAAGUGGAAAAGGAAGUUGAAAGGGAACGCGCUCCCAUGCAAGAUCGUGUCGUCAAAUACGAUAAAGUAAUUAUUACAGAAGUCACACCUGAAGGAAGUUUCUUUGCUCAAAAUAUUGAUUUAGGCACAAAAUUGGAGAGCCUUAUGGAUAAAAUUCAUCAGGAAUUCAAGAAUAAUGCACCAUUGCCAGGCUCCUUUGUCCCCAAAAGGGGGAACAUUUGCGCUGCUCGCUUUUCUAUGGAUGAGCAAUGGUACAGAGCUAAGAUUGAGAAAUUAACUGAUGAUAAGAAAGCUCACAUUCUGUACAUCGACUAUGGAAACAGAGAGGUUGUUAGCCACAGCCGCUUAGCGUUACUGCCUGCAGGCACUGAAGUAGAAGCUCCCUAUGCUACCGAGUAUGUACUUCUCGGUGUUAAGUUCCCUUCAGAUCCUGAAGACAGGCUAGAAGCAGUCCGAACAUUCUCUCUGGACACCUUGAACAAGAAGCUGCUUCUCAAUGUAGAAAUUCGUGGCAGCCCACCAGCUGUGACUCUUGUAGACCCUACUACCAACACUGAUUUGGGCAGGAACCUGAUCAAGGAGGGCCUGGCGCUGCUGGAGGGGCUGCGCGAGCACCGGCUGGCGGCGCUGAUGGGCGAGUACCGCGCGGCGCAGGAGCACGCCAAGAGCUCGCGCCUCAACCUGUGGCGCCACGGCGACAUCACCGACGACGACGCGCUCGAGUUCGGGGCGCGCCGCUAGCCCGCGCUCUGGUACGAUGCGACCGCGUCGCCGGCGCACACGCAGACCUGCGCCACCUGCAUGUCGCCGCACAUCGAGAUGAUCAUCUACACCGUUAUAUACGAGUUCCUCUAGACCGGUCGCCGGCCGCCGGCCGCGGUGCACGGCGACUGGCCGAACGAUUUUUGCCGUGCAACGUUCGCGUGUUGACUUUAUCACACCCUGGACAAUUCUACGCACUCCCGCGGACCCCUUUCGCGUGUUCACAGUGUGUUGAUGGAUAUUUAAUAUAUGCAGUUACGUGUUAACUUUUAAUCCAAAUAGAUAUUCCAAUUUUUGAAAUUAUUCCUUCGUAUCCAAUAAGCUGCCCUCGAUAUCUCGUUACGCCGCAUUUGUGGUGGUCAUCGUGCGUGUUGUGCUGGCGCACCUUGCAACCGUCGCGUUCUGCGUCGUUGUGAGUUGCGUGUGCGUUGGCGUUCUUUUGUGUUUAAACAGUUUCGUUAUGGUUCAAAUUGGUACAUUGGCGCGUGCUCUGGACUAUACCGACACUGUUUGCACUUAUGAAAUAUAUAAAUUCAGUUUCAUUAAGAAACAAAGCGCUCUCAACCUGCCCAUUUGAUAAGCUCUCCUUUAUGCAAAACUGUUUAUCAUGAAUUAGUGAAGUUGCGUUGUCGUAUGCGCGUAUUUGUGAAUGUGCGCGUACGAGCCGUUACGAAAUACGAUAGGUUAUAAGCAAAUUUUUAAAUACGGUUAUGUACCGUUUAUUUCAUACAUAUUAAACACUUUUUUCUACAUAUUUUAUAUUUUCGAUGAUUAUGAUCUAUAUACAAAGUUGUCGAGUAAUUGCAUAAUAAUAUAUGAACUCAAAAUAGAUAUAUUUAUUGUUGUAAUUUAUUAACUUUGAUCAUAUAAUCAUUCUACUAUGAUGUAAUAGUUGUUAGGAGAGUAGUUUGAGAUGGAUAGCAAAGGUUCUCCAUUAUACAUUGCUAAUGGAUGUCGUAGUUCAAACGCUUCUCUAUCCAAGCCGUAAAUAUUUCGUUUAAAAUGUGUCCUUGUUAUUUCUUAUACACUAUUUACCGAUUUAGAUGGUAUAUUUUUAUCUAGAUGUAUUUUACUUAGAUUCAAUUAGACGCAUAAUGUUAGUUAAGUGUGAUUUGUCUAAAUUAUAAUAAGUCUGAAUGCAUUAGAUGGUAUGAAAUGACGAUUAGUGUAUAAAUACAUUAUUGAUAUACAUGAAGUAGCCUAUAAUAGUAUACACGAGUACUUGCAUAUUAAAAUAUUUACACUUCGUAUUUCGUACUUACACUUAAAUUUACCUACCUCUCGCGCUGAGAUGAUCGAUUUUUAAUAAACUGCAUGAACAUAACUAUAUUAUCAUUAUAGAUUAUUGAUUAAACAUUUGGGUACCACAUGGUGCGUGGAUUGUUAAAAAUAUCUUGGAAUAUUAAAUAAAUAUUUAAGGACUUA